AUGCCGGCGAUUGCGAUGUCGAAUGGUCCAAAGGAAUUCCAAGGAAACAUCACAGUUUAUGUUGUGAUAUGUGGAGUGAUCUCAGCCACGGGAGGCCUCAUCUUUGGCUAUGACAUUGGAAUAUCAGGGGGGGUGACAUCGAUGGACGACUUCUUGGAGGAGUUCUUCCCGGGGGUGUAUGCAAGGAAACACAAGGCCAAGGAAGACAACUACUGCAAGUACGACAACCAAGGCGUUCAGCUUUUCACUUCGUCCUUGUACCUCGCCGCCUUGCUAUCCAGCUUCUUAGCUUCCGAGCUCUGCACCAAACGUGGCCGGCGGCUGACGAUGCAAGCCGCGUCGGUGUUCUUCUUGGCCGGCGUCGUCCUCAAUGCAGCCGCUCGCAACAUCGCCAUGCUGAUCAUAGGCAGGAUUCUCCUGGGAGUUGGUGUGGGAUUUGCGAAUCAGGCGGUUCCUCUCUUCUUGUCGGAGAUCGCGCCAGUCCGCGUCCGGGGAGCCUUGAACAUCCUCUUCCAACUCGAUGUGACGAUCGGGAUCUUCGUGGCCAACAUCGUGAACUACCUCGUGUCCAAUAUCCACCCCUGGGGAUGGAGACUCGCGCUUGGCUUGGCCGGCGUGCCGGCGACCAUGCUUUGCUUGGGAUCCCUCGUGAUCGCCGAGACGCCGACGAGACUCAUCGAGCGGGAGCUGCUGAUGGAAGGCUUGGCCAUGCUGAAGAAGAUCAGGGGGACCGACAACGUGGAUGCGGAGUACCAAGAGAUCCUGCGUGCCUGCGAGAUGGCACGGCAAGUGAAGCAUCCGUUCAGGAACCUCAUGAAACGAUCGAGCCGCCCCCAGCUGGUGAUCGCCAUCGUGAUGCAGGUCUUCCAGCAGUUCACCGGGAUCAACGCCAUCAUGUUUUAUGCUCCGGUCCUCUUCCAGACCAUCGGAUUCAAGAACGACGCGUCGCUGCUCUCCGCGGUCAUCACGGGUAUCGUCAAUGUCCUGUCCACCGUCGUAUCGGUGGUCUUGGUGGACAAAGUCGGGAGGAGAUUCCUGCUUCUCGAAGCCUGUGGGCAGAUGUUGAUCACGCAGGUUAAAACAACUAGUCACAUACAUCGAUGCUCAGAUAUAUUCUAACCCAAGUGGUGGUUGAUCUGCAUGCACGCAGGUGGCUAUCGGAGGCAUUCUACUCGUCAACUUGAGAGCAACUGAUGAACUCGAACACGGCGUGGCAAUUUGGGUGGUGGUGCUGGUAUGCCUCUUCGUGUCAAGCUUUGCCUGGUCUUGGGGUCCGCUUGGUUGGCUGAUCCCCAGCGAGACCUUCCCGUUGGCGACGAGGACCGCCGGCUAUGCCUUUGCCGUCAGCUCCAACAUGAUCUUCACCUUCGUCAUCGCCCAGGCUUUCCUCUCCAUUAUGUGCCAUCUGCGUGCGGGGAUAUUCUUCUUCUUUGCCGCAUGGAUUGUGGUGAUGGGGCUGUUCGUCAUCUUCCUGUUGCCCGAGACGAAGAACGUGCCGAUCGAUGAAAUGACCGAGAAGGUCUGGAAGCAACACUGGUUCUGGAAGAGAUUCAUGGACGAAGAAGAAGAAGAAGAAGAAGAAGAAGAAGAAGAAAGAAGAUAAAAAGGACAGUGUCUAACAUCGAUUGUUGUUGCUCUUCCAUGAUUCUUCGCAUACCAUCUGAAGCUCCAAAACAUGCAUCCCUAAUAAAUCCAACU